UCAACUGAUUCGUGUGUUCGAUACAAACGAAGACAAAGGUCUUGUGUUGUCUCUCAAACUUCAUAUUUGUCUCCGCCGAAUUUACCGGCGAUUUCUCCAAACCUACAAACUCGCCUUCUUCUUCUUCUUCUUCUUCUUCUUCUUCUUCCUCUUUUCAACCUCUCACCCUUUUCUCAUUCUUCACACCACAACCUUCAUCUCUCAACUCUCUCUGUUUCAUAUUUUCAACAAUGGCUCAGGUGGUAGCCACUCGAUCCAUUCACACCUCUAUCUCACACCCCACAUCAGGAUCUGCACACGACCGGGCUCAAACGUUGUUAAAGCCUCAAACCUUUGCUUCCAAACUGCUCUCGAACAAUCCUGCCAAAGUUUGCUUCAGGAGCUGUAGCAUUCAUGCUAGCAAAUCUGCACCCGCUGAUGUUGUCCCCGUGUCACCCGAUGAUGAUUCUAAGAUAGCGGAGGAGUUGCUGCACAUGCGUGGUAUGCAGCAACUUAGUGACACUACUGUUGGAAUGUGGUCCAAGCCAAUGUUCAGGAGAAAGACAAAGAUUGUUUGUACUAUUGGUCCUUCUACUGACACCAAGGAAAUGAUUUGGAAGCUAGCUGAGGCUGGGAUGAAUGUUGCUCGUUUGAAUAUGUCUCAUGGAGAUCAUGCUUCUCAUCAGAAAGUUAUUGAUUUGGUUAAGGAAUAUAAUGCGCAAUCCAAGGACAAUGUAAUUGCAAUUAUGCUUGACACCAAGGGUCCUGAGGUUAGGAGUGGCGAUUUGGCUCAACCAGUUGAGUUAACAACUGGGCAGGAAUUCACUUUUACUAUCCAGAGGGGCGUGGGAACUGCAGAUUGUGUUAGCGUAAACUAUGAUGAUUUCGUCAAUGAUGUGGAAGCAGGGGACAUGCUACUUGUUGAUGGUGGUAUGAUGUCUUUGGUGGUGAAGUCUAAGACAGAGGAUUCUGUGAAAUGUGAAGUUAUUGAUGGAGGAGAGCUUAAGUCAAGGAGACAUUUGAACGUUAGGGGAAAGAGUGCCACACUGCCUUCGAUCACUGAGAAGGAUUGGGAUGACAUCAAAUUUGGAGUCGAUAAUGAAGUUGACUUCUACGCUGUUUCCUUCGUCAAGGAUGCACAAGUUGUUCAUGAGCUGAAGAGUUAUCUAAGAAGCCAUGGUGCUGAUAUACACGUCAUUGUAAAGAUUGAAAGUGCAGACUCUAUACCAAACUUGCACUCAAUUAUUACAGCGUCUGAUGGGGCUAUGGUUGCAAGAGGAGAUCUUGGCGCAGAGCUUCCGAUUGAGGAGGUUCCACUUUUGCAGGAAGAGAUAAUUAAGACAUGCCGUAGCAUGGGAAAGGCUGUUAUUGUCGCGACAAAUAUGCUGGAAAGCAUGAUUGUUCACCCAACACCAACCAGAGCAGAGGUAUCUGAUAUUGCAAUUGCUGUUCGAGAAGGUUCUGAUGGAAUAAUGCUAUCUGGAGAAACUGCCCAUGGAAAAUUCCCACUAAAAGCUGUGAAAGUAAUGCACACAGUAGCGUUACGAACAGAAGCCAGUAUACCAGGUGGGCAAAUGCCUCCUAAUAUUGGUCAAGUAUUCAAGAAUCACAUGAGUGAGAUGUUUGCAUACCAUGCAACCAUAAUGUCUAAUACCCUUGGAACCUCAACUGUUGUCUUCACAAGAUCCGGUUUCAUGGGUAUCCUUCUAAGCCAUUAUCGACCUUCCGGCACCGUAUUUGCGUUUACAGAUAAGAAGAGAGUACAACAGAGGUUGGCUUUGUAUCAAGGAGUCUGUCCUAUUUACAUGGAAUUCUCGGAUGACGCCGAAGAGACUUUCUCAAGAGCCUUGGACUUGUUGCAGAAGCAUGGAAUGGUUAAAGAAGGAGAAGAAGUAGCCAUAGUACAGAGUGGGAGGCAACCCAUAUGGAGGAUCCACUCAACUCACAAUAUCCAGGUCCGAACAGUGUGAACAGCAAGAAAGAGGCAGAGUAGCCACAAAUUGAGUUUGAGCCUUUAAUUUUAGAAUAGCACCAUAUUCCUUUGUGGUAGGUUGAUUCCAAUCUUGCAUUUUGGCUAGUUGGUUCCCUCGUAGUUUGCAUUUUUUCCUUCGUAUAUUGCUUUCAUAUGUCACCACAGUUUUUACUUUUAUCUGUCUCAGUAUUUAGCAUGGAUAGAUGUUAGUACUCAGUAGUACAUGUGAUUGAAAUUUUGAUAAGAAAUUGGAUUUUUUUUGGGUCCAAAUAAGAAAUUGGAAUGAGGAACGAUUUCAGCCUUA